GAGCUAUAAAUAAAGCGCAGAAGGUGGUGAGUGGUGUGCGAUGAUCAAAAUUAAGUAACGAACAAACCCUUAACAAGUUUUCUGUUUUAAUCUCUCUCCCUCACACUUUCCCUCCCAUCUUCUCUUUUGUUUUCUUCCUCUCUACACAAAACUUUUGCUUCCCUCACAACUUCAAAACCACGCACUCUUCUCCAAAUUAGGUAUAAACCAGAUCUCGUCGUCGUCGCUCUCCACCGAACCUGAUUCUAUUUAAAUUGUAUUCAAAAUUGAAAGUUCCGUGGCAUGAUCUUAGCGCUCUUCUUGUAGCUCGCUUGUUCAAUGUCUGCUAUGGAUUUAUUCUGGACCGAUAAUGUGGUGCCAGACUCUUCGCACUUCUCCGUCGCGAUCUACUUCGCUUUUGCUAGUUUCGUGGCUAGGUUCUUCCUUGACAGAUUCGUCUUUCGCUGGUUGGCCAUCAGGAUGUUGACAAAGGGUAAAGCUCCUUCACGGAUUACUAAGGAAAUGCAAGUAAAGAUUGGAAAAUGCUCAGAGUCAAUGUGGAAGCUAACAUAUUAUGCUACAGUUGAAGCUUUUAUUCUUAAAUUUACCUACCGCGAACCGUGGUUCACUAAUACGAAAUUAUACUUCAAAGAUUGGCCAAAUCAUGAGUUGAAGUUUCCCGUAAUGAUUUACUACAUGGGCCAAUGUGGGUUCUACAUGUAUAGCAUUGCUGCUAUUCUCACUUGGGAGACUCGAAGGAAGGAUUUUUCAGUGAUGUUUACUCACCAUGUAAUUACUGUUUUACUGAUUGGGACCUCAUAUCUAACAAGUUUUUUCAGGAUUGGCUCCAUAAUCCUGGCCCUUCAUGAUGCAAGUGAUGUAUUCAUGGAAGCUGCCAAGGUAUUCAAGUAUUCUGGAAGAGAAUUUGGUGCAAGCGUGUGUUUUGCAUUUUUUGCAAUUUCAUGGCUCAUACUGCGGCUAAUUUUCUUUCCCUUUUGGGUUAUUAGAGCAACAAGCCUUGAUCUUCAGCAGUGUUUAAACCUAUCAGAGAGUUUUCCCAUGUUUCUUUACUAUGUGUUUAAUACGUUGCUCAUCAUGCUGCUUAUCUUCCAUAUAUAUUGGUGGAUGCUCAUAUGUGCAAUGAUCAAUAGACAACUGAAAAAUAGCGGAAAAGUUGGUGAGGAUAUUAGAUCAGGUAAGCAAAUUUCAUUACUACAGAUUAUUCAGAUGAUGAUUGAACAGAUGAAGGAUUUUGUUGAGUUUCCUUGGUUCUUGCUGGUCAGUGGUAGCUCUGCAGAUACUGCUUUUGAAUUGUCUGUAGAUUUCUGGAAGUUCAGUUGGUUAGUACAACCAAUUGAUGGAGGCUGAAUUGUCUAGUUUCAGAUUUUUCAUUGAUCACCAAGUAAAAAUGAAGUAGGGAACCAUCGAGCAUGAUUCAUAUAUUUUUGUUGUAUAAAUGAUAGGCAUUCCUGUAUAAUUUUUUCCCUCCCAAGCAAACCCAUUUAGUAGCCCAGGGUUUCAGUCAAAAGUAGCGGAUAAAGGAUACGAAGAACAAAAAUUCUUACCAUGAGCUUCUUUUCAUUCUGUUGGAUGCAGUGUAAGUGUUGCUCUGGUCUUGUGGAUGUCAUUUCAUGUAAAAUUGUCUCGAUGUGUUUUUACUGGAAAUUUAAAUUUUCAAUUACUUUGAGCUUUCUUCAAAACUCAAUUAUUGAACCAAACUAUAUCACGGUUUAAUUACUAAA